GAAAUCUUCGACUGGGAGUUCUUCGACUGUUCUGAAAUUUGCGAAUCUUGUUGAUUUAACUGUGAUGAUUUGUGUUUUUAAAAACUGAUGUGCAUCUCCGAAGUCUUCCACUGCUUGGGAGUUGUCCGAAUAUUAUGAAUUCUGUGAAUGGAGGAAGAUUUCUAUAAAAUGAUUUCGGUGCAAUUUUUUGAAACCUCGUUCAACAUUAGAGUAGGUUCCCCCAACUGGAUGGGGAACAAGAAUGGCUAACAGACUUGAUAAGCAUCAUUCCCCUUUUGGAUGAUAGCUAGGAAAAAAUGCAAGAAAAUUGUAUUAAAUUUAACUUCAGUUUUCCAUCCCUGUGACUUUGCCUUUUGCGCGUGACCAUUCGCGAGGAAAUCACGUUUAAAUACACAAAUUCGUUUGGUGUCAAUCUGCUUCGAGGUCAGACCAUACAGGGGAAGACCACAAAAGAAUGGAGAUUCAACACUUCAGCCACCAUCAUCCCUUGAUACUCAGAUCAGUACAUCCCCGCCAAAUUUAUGGAAUUAAGUGCUCCGCAUGCAGCCGAUCCUGCUUGGACCUGAUAUAUAGCUGCAGAGAAUGUGAAGACUUCCAUCUACAUAAAUCUUGUGCUGAAUUGCCCCCAAAGAUUACUCACCAUCCGUUUCAUCCUUUCCAUCCUCUGCCUUUGGUGCUCAAUUCACCAAGAUACGCUUGCUGCGGCUGCGGCAAAUGGGACAGCGGGCUUCUCUAUUUGUGCAAGGACUGUAAUUUCACCCUGAGUCCCGAUUGUGCUGUCAAGCCUACCACAAGAUAUGAGUUUGUGGGACCGGGGAAAAUUCAACAUUUCUUGCACAAGCACCCCUUGGCUCUCGUGGAAGAGGAUGAUAAUGUUCUAUGCUUAGCAUGUGAGAAAUACUGCCCGAGUGAGAGCUAUUCCUGCCAUCACUGCCCGUCCUUCAAAAUUCACAGAACAUGUGCUGAGCAAUUGCCACGGGCAAUCCAACAUUUCUCACAUCCACUACAUCCUCUCAUCCUCCGAGCCAAGGAUUCCCGCUUUGAUCAACCAUGUGUUGCGUGUUACAGAUCGGACAACGUCUUGACCUACCGCUGUAGCAUGUGCCGCAUCGAGAUGGAUCCUAAAUGUGCUCUCGUACCCACCCAGUAUCUGCAACUUGGCAACUGAAACUUGGAUACACCCUUUCAAUUAAGCUUGACUUUACCUGAUGGGAGUUAAACGGGAUCGUGGAUGCUUCCAGAAUUGCUUACCUCCAGUUUCUACAUUCCACAGUGCAGAAUUCUCAAUGAUGCUUCCCCCCUAAAGUCUCAUGGUUCGCAUCCAUCUGAUUUUCAUGUGCAUUGUAAUUUCCUUUCUCGUGCAGGGUAGAUGUAAUCCUUGCUUUUGCUAGGUAAUUUGUUGUACUUUUAACAAACUUUCAUCUGCUGUUCUCUGGAAACAUUGAAAGUAAUGGUCUGUAAACGGGGUAACCUCACGGUAUUAUCAUUUCCUAUCA